AGGUCACGUGCUUCCUGUUGAACAUGGCGGCGACCUUGUGUGCGAAGUGUCUGCCGAAACAGGGAUGGAUUCCCCUCGCGCAGAGUGUCCGGCACGGCUCCAAGGCCGUCACGCGGCACCGGAGACCCGUCCACAUCCUGAAGCAGAAGCUCCUCGCGGUCACACAGUACGUCCCUCCUCCGAGGGCCGCUCCGCCGGACGCCUACCCGAGAGAGAGCCAGGCCCAGCAGGAGGAGAGUCCUCUGACGCUGAUCAAGAAGAGGCAACUGGAGACGUUGUUCGAGGACUGUAAAAUGAUCGCCGUGGUCCAGAACAACAACAGCAGCUCUGAAGAUAUGAUCAUGUUCAAGCACAGACUCCAUAAACACGGCAUCUCCGUCAAGUUCUUCCCCAACCAGGUGGUGCGGUCGUUCCUGCGAGGCUCGGCGUUCAGCAACAUGGCUCCUCUGUUCACCGGCCCCACCGUGCUGCUGGUCAGCCCGCAGCUGAAGGUGAAGGAGAUGCUGACGUCUCUGCGGUCCAGUCCGCAGAUGACGCUGCUCGGCGCCUGCAUCGAGAAGACGCUGCUGAGCUCGCAGGGCGUCGUCGGCUUCUCCCGGCUGCCGUCUGCCGCCGCGGUCCAGGGCGAGCUGGUGGGCGGGCUGACCGCCAUGACCGCCCGCACCGCCUCCAUGCUGCAGCGCCACCCGGCGCACCUGUCGGCGCUGCUGCAGCAGUACGUCAAGCAGCAGAGCCCGGAGGCCGGCCGGGACCCGGCGGCGAGGGCGGAGGACGCCUCGUAGAGGAACCGGGACCCGCGGGACUCUGGGAAACGCUGUGGACAAACUCCGCCCCAGGCAGGGGUCUGAGGAGCGGCGCUUCAGAAAGGACUGGUUUCGCUGGACGUCAGACUCAAGGUCACAGAAGGACGGUGCUGCAGGAAGAAGUCUCACUCUGUAUUUAAUCAUUUCUUUGUGAUAAUAAAUGACAUGAACUUUAUGUGUCAUUUGGAUUUGAACUUGUUUCCAUUUGAAAAGUUCACACUGUUUCUGUUCAGUCCUGCAGGAAUAAUCUGAUCUAAAGUUGAUGUUAGAACCAACAUCGUGGGAGAAUGAAACAAUCAAACCACACACUUCACCAUUUCAAGUUAAAACCUCCUCCAAAUGGAAUUUAUCCUUUGUGGAUUCCUGACUGCUGUUUGAUAAUAGAGUGUGUGUGUGCGUGCAUGUGUGCGUGCGCAGAGCAGAAGGUGAAGCUUUGCUGAAAGAUAUAAGUGGCGUCAUUAAAAAGUCCUCCAGUCAGCCACAGUGAACCGAAGCGGUUCAUUAAUCUGCAGAUUACUCGGCAUGCUAAUCUGGGUCAGUCGGUCUCUUCGGUCCUGCUCUGCUCAGGGAGACAGACGCUUCACUUAUUCUGUGACCUGCAAGCAGACACGAAGCAACCAGGAAGUGAGUCCGUCCCUCUUCAUCCUGUGGAGGAAACAUGCAGGUCUGGGCUCAAACACAGGAUUGUGUCACUGUGAGGGGAGAGUGCAAACCACUACACUGCAGAGCAUGCGUUACAUAACACAGUGGAAGAUUUCAGUGAAACCACAUCUAGUGGUGAUUACUGUCUCAACAAAGACCUGAAGUCUGUAUGUUUAGUGCAAAAGAAAUAAAUGUU